AUCGCUUCAAAUUAUUUUACUAAAAGACUUGCUAUUUAAAAAUAUUUAAUAAUGUCGUCUCAAAUAUUGCUUGUUGUGCUUACUAUUUAUGGUAUUUUUAUUGAUCUUACAGAGAACAAACCUUUAUUUGCAGUCGCCAAACAACAGCAACUAGAACAAAUAUCUUCAAAGCAUAUCAAAAAUUUCAAAGAUUUUAUUUUUCCAUCAGAAACAACAGAACCAACAGGAACUAAAGGAAAACAUGUGGACAAUAAAAAAAUAGGAGAUUUUGUAUUUCCAACCGAAUAUAAAGAAUCAACAGUUCCUAAAGUCAUAAUUUUAAAAAGUUCGAAAACGACAGAUUAUUUAUCAUCAACAAAAGCAGUCGUAUCAACAGAAUCUUCUGUAAUAAAAAAGAUUCCUGACAAAAGAAUCGAAACAGUUGACUUUAUUUUCCCGCCAGAUUUAGCAAGCUCUAAACUUACGAACCAUAAAGACAAAUCACUCGAAAUUGAUAACAGGAUAAGUUUAGCAUGUACACUUGCCCUUUGUUGGGGUAAGAAAUAAAAUAAUUUAGAAUAAGGGCUAUGGACUUGAGGAACUAAAUCCAAAUAUACAAAACUUUUUACUAAUGGUCAAUAAAAACGAG